UCAUGAAGUUCGAAUUUGUCAAACGACCACAACAAAGUAGACUUAUCUUGUAUUAUAUGAGUUAUCAAUAAAUUAAUAAUGUCUGUUACUUUACAUACUGAUGUCGGCGAUAUUAAAAUCGAGCUCUUUUGUGAACAAUGUCCAAAAGCAUGUGAAAAUUUUCUAGCAUUAUGUGCUAGUGAUUACUACAAUGGAUGUCUGUUUCAUCGAAAUAUAAAGGGUUUUAUUGUACAGACAGGUGAUCCUAGUGGAACUGGAAAAGGUGGUACGUCAAUUUGGGGGAAAAAGUUUGAUGAUGAAUUUAAGGAAGAAUUAAAGCAUAAUGCUAGAGGUAUGGUUAGUAUGGCAAACAAUGGACCAAAUACAAAUGGAAGCCAGUUCUUUUUUGCAUAUGGGGAACAACCACAUUUGGAUCUGAAGUAUACAUUAUUUGGAAGAAUAAUAGAUGGUUUAGAAGCACUGGAUGACUUAGAGAAGAUGGCUGUCAAUCCCAAAACAUAUCAACCACUGUCAGAGGCCAGAAUCACAUCUGUUACUAUACAUGCAAAUCCAUUAGCUGGUUAAAAUAAAUAAGAUGAAAAAUAACAAUA